AUGGCUAAUUUCAUGUUGGCAAAUGACUUGAUUGAUCCUGGGUUCGCGGGUCCUGCUUAUACUUGGACUAAUAACAAAGAUGCUAGGAGCCGAAUUUUUUCAAGACUGGAUCAUUUUUUGGUAACUUCUCCAAUUCUUGAUGCUUUUCAGGGAUUGAAGGUUAUGCUUCUCACCAUACUUGCUUCAGAUCAUCCCAUCCUGUAUUGUAUAUUGGGAGAAGUGAAGAGGAAUUAUUCUCAUUGGAUAAAGUUUGAAGAUGUAUGGGCUAGCUACCCAAUGGCAUGGCAUUUAGUAUCGGAGAAAUGGAAGGUGGAGGACUUGGGUAGUGAGUCACAUAAACUUCAAAAGAAAUUCCAGAGGAUGUUGAAAGCACUGUUCUUUUGGAGUAAGAACAAACUGAAAAUGCUUAAUCAACUGAAGGAAGAUCCUGAUAGAGAAAUUAAAGCUCUACAAGAAUUGGAAUGUUCUCCUAAUGGGUUGAAUGAUAUUCAACCUGAAACAUUGAGAUACAAGGUACAAUUAUUGAAUAGUACACUUGCUCGUAUUAUGACUUGGUGGAGACAACGAGCUAGGGUGAAGUGGAUUGAGAACGGGGAUGGUAAUACUCACUUCUUCCACUCCAUGGCAUUGGCUAGAAGAAGAGCUAAAUGCAUUGACUCCAUUAAGCAACUCGAUGGCACGGUUGUAACUGAGAAUGGGGAGAUUACAAGGGCUAUUCACAGUUUUUUUGAGAUGAAAUGGCAUGGGAAUGCAGUUGUUGAGAGUGGAUGGCCUUCUUUUGAAGACCAAAGAAGGUGUCUAGAACAGGUUUCUGAAAUUUUGGAGAAUGAGGUAAUGAAGGCUUGCUUGGAAUUCUUUGAGUCUGGUAUUAUGGAUCCACAAUGGAAGGAAACGGUUGUGGUAUUGUUUCCUAAGGUGAAUAAUCCAGAUCAACCUUCAAAGUUCAGAUCUAUUAGCUUGUGUCAAAAAAUCUAUAAGAUUGUGGCUAAUGUCUUGGUUUCUAAAGCGACCAAAGGGUUAUUAGCAUUGAAAGUGGACAUGGAGCAAGCUUAUGAUAAGAUGAGCUGGAGAACUUUGGAGCUUGUUCUGAGGAAUAUGGGGUUCCCUCCUAAGUUCAGUUCAUGGGUGCUGAGUUGUGUGCUGAAUCCUAGGUUCUCUAUUCUAAUUAAUGGGCAACUGUCGGAGGGGAUUUUUGCUGACUAUGGGUUCCGUCAGGGGUUCCCAUUGUCACCAUACCUGUUCAUUCUCUGUUCUGAGUUGCUUUCUGCCUAUUUCCACCAUAACUUCAAGGAGUUGGGUGUUCCAAUUAGUACAUCUAUUCCAAAUGUGAAGAAGGUGACGUCUAUCCUAGAGGACUAUUGCUCGUGGACUGGUCAGAAGGCUAAUAAAAGCAAGUUUGCUAUACUUUUUAGCAAAUCGACCUCCUCUUCUACAAAGUCUCGUCUUGCAAAGAUCACAGUGACUCACUCAUUUGUGCCGAGAUCCAUCUUAAAUGAUAUUGAGAAACUUUGUAAAAGAUUCCUCUGGGAUAUUGAUGAGAACCACAAAAGCAUUCAUUAUGCCUCGUGGAAAAGUCUUUCUAAACCAAGGAGGAUGGGGGGACUUGGGUUUCAUGCAAAUUCUAAAUGGGUUGGACCCUUAAGAUCUCAUAUUACAUGGGAGUAUAUCAGCAAACCUACAAGUUUCUUUCAUAGAUGUAUGAAACAGAAGUAUGGAAACUGGCCAUGGGUUGCUGAUUUCAAGCGUGGUGAUUCGACGGUGUGGAAAAUUCUUUGUGAUGGAGCAAACAGCUUAGCUUGUUGUGUUAGAUGGAAGGUGUGUAAUGGAAGGGACAUUAACAUUCUAAACCAUACUUGGAUCUGGGACAGAUCGAUAGCAUUGUGGCCGACGUACUGUGACAUAGCAGCUUUGGAAGAUCGGACUGUUUCUGAUCUUAUUUCACCGGCCGGAGAUUGGGAUAAACAGAAACUUCUUAUCUGUUUUGGAGAAGACAGAAUUCUGGAGAUGAAAAUUUGGAGUGAGCUGCAUGAAGACGUUCUGGAGCUGAUGAAAAUUCCAAUUGGAUCUACUAUAUCAGCUAUGGUUUAUAACAGCAGCUUUCUGGGAGAAGAUGAUCCAUGUUGUGCAAUCCUGAAGGCUGGAUUGAGGCCAAGGGUGCGUAUGUUCUGGUGGAGGGUGUAUAAAAACAUUGUCCCAACCAAUAGUUGGCUUCUUGCUCGGGGAUUUGAUGUGGAUGUGAAAUGUCCUAUGGGUUGCAAUAUGUGUGAGGAUUUGAACCAUAUUACAACUGAUUGUAAACAACUUAUGGAAAUUUUGGAUAUUCUGGAUAGUUGGGGUUUGUAUACCCCACGGUUUGCUGAUUUUUCUGCUCUGCAGGUGGCGUUGGAAGAGAAUGUCAAGUCCAAAGACAUAGGUAUGAAGUUGUAUUGUCUUACUGUUUAUCAUUGUUGGUUGAAUAGAAAUGCGGUGAAACAUGGAAAGGAGGUCUCUACUCAGGUUUUUAUGGCAGCAAGUAUUUUAGAAAGCCUUAAUCAAGAUGGUCUUUUAUUUCACUUGGAGCAACGGGACACUGUUCAAUCCUUUGGAUUGUGUUUACAUUCUUCUUGGUGUCCCCCCCCUACAAGGUGGUUGAAGAUCAAUGUUGAUGGAGCCUUGCUUAGAUCAAAUGCUGGAGGAAUUGGGAUUGUGAUAAGGGACAGCUAUGGUAAACUAAUUGUUGCGGCUGGGUGGAGUAUAUGUCAUUGGGACAGCACUCAAGUUGAGAUGAUGGCUAUUCAGGGUGUUGGUAAGCUGAUUGCAGAAUGGAUGUAUGAACUGAAUGGGGUCAUUGUGGAAGGGGACAGUGCAAGUGUCAUAGAGCAUAUGCAGAAUUUUCAAUUUAAGGAACUAUGGAAGCUGCAGUUAGAAGAUUGGGAUAAAUGGAAUUAG